CCCCUACUGCCUGUGUCAGAGUAUUUCAGAACAGAGACCAGCAUUUAGUAACUCUGCAUUGAAGCUAUCACUUCGUUGCUGAAGUCCACCCCCCGACUCUUGGACCACAAGAGGAUAUUUCUGGGAUUCUUCGGGACGCGCGGAAAACGACAGGAUCUGCUUUUCUCCAACGUGCGUCUUGGCCACGGGUUGUUUUUACGCACGGAGAAAUUCUACUUCCACGGGGACAAUGCCUCGGUCUUUCUUAGUCAAAAAGUACUUUGCUAAACAAAAGCCAAACUACAGUGAACUGGAAUGUCAGAAUGACUCUUCACCCAAAAGGUAUCCUGUUGCCGAGCUUUCAUCAGCAGACGGCUCUGCCACCUGCUUCACCACAGGUCUGCUGUGGGACCUGAGUGUCAUCCCGGCCCUGUACCUGCCAACCUCAGAGUCAGAUCUCUCUGCCACCUCAGCCCCCCUGGACCUCAGCUCCCCAUGCAGCCUCAGUAGCAGUGCCAGCAGCAGCGGGGAGGAGGAUGAAGGACGCUCCUCCGACCCUCCCAGCCCUGAACCGGUGCACACGUAUGCCCCUCGACAGCGGAUGAAAUGUACUGGCGUUAUGGCUCAUAUCAGUCCCCCAGAGGAGGAAGAGAGGGAGACUCGCGUCACGGCGGCCAGACCGGCUUUCCUUUGCAAACACUGUCCCAAAGAGUACACCAGCUUGGGGGCUCUGAAGAUGCACAUCCGCUCACACACCCUGCCCUGCGUUUGCACCACCUGUGGAAAGGCUUUCUCCCGGCCGUGGCUAUUGCGUGGCCACAUCCGCACACACACAGGAGAGCGCCCGUUCUCCUGCCCCCACUGCAACCGGGCCUUCGCUGACCGCUCCAACCUGCGAGCUCACCUGCAGACCCAUGCAGAGGUGAAGAAAUACCAAUGCAGCGUCUGCUCUCGCACCUUCAGCCGCAUGUCGCUGCUGCAGAAACACAGCUCAUCAGGCUGCUGCUCCACCUCUGUGUGAGACACCGCAAGAGAGGAGGAGGAGGCUUAACGAGAGCUCAGAGCAGAGGAGGACUCUUGGAUGAAGAGAGGAGGUCGGCACAGGCCCACUUAGGCUGUUUUGGACCUGCAAAGCCUAAUUUUAACAGACCUGGAGGGAACCAAACCCCAUUUAUGGAUCUGACUUUACAAGCUUUUUUGCUUCUCUUAGCCAUUAUUUUACAGCUGAGAAGCAGAUUUUUUUUUUACUUCCAGUCUUCCAUAAGGGCUUGUGGGAGGACCAAAAUCUGACCAGAACAAUGCAGAAACUCACUUGAUAUCAGUCUUUUUUUGUCUGUAUUGUUUCCAUUCCGAGCAGCAAGUAUGUUGUGAACUUUUUAUGGUAAGAGGUGCCUUUUCCUGUCUCAGUCUUGGUGCCGGUCAGCUCAGGAUCAUGGCUUAGAGACACAGCUGCUCAGAGGUAGGGGUGCGUGGGUGGAAUAAAUCUCUUGGCGUGUCACAAAAGUAAAUGCACACACAGCUGUCUCUGGUAGUGCGGCGCAGAUAGAUGAGGUGCUAACAGGUGCUGAAGCCAUGACCUUCGCUGGUCGAGAGCAGGUGACUUCCACUGCCCUUGGUUUGCUUAAGAGAAAAAGAGGAAGUAUGUCAUAACAGAAGAAUGGCACCAGUUAGUGCUUUAGCGGGGAUGACUUUAAGCCUCUGUUAUGACUACACUCCCUUUAAACUGAUGGAUUUCAGAGAUAUAGGAAAAUCUGCUCUGCUAUUUUCCAAAGAAGAUUUACCAAGAAAUCAAGAUAAAAGCCAUGCACUCCUGGUUACCACAGUGUUAAUAAUACCAGCCAUAUAAAAGCCAUAUAUUUGUAAUGAAUGUUCCUAUGACAUUGUAAUGCAUUUUCAGCCAAAAUGUGCCUUAUUUUACCUCAUUUGGUAGCUGUGGCUUUAAAUCUUGAUGCAGUAUUAGCAGAAAUCCGCUCUAUUUGUUUUUUUAAACCAUAAGAAGGCUGGGACCAAAGAUUUUUACAGUUUACACCACAGAAAUGUGGUUGCCUGACAUGUGAUGAAAGAAGAUGGACAACACAAAGAUGAACUUUCCUAAAUAUUCUGUUUUUUUUUUUUCUAGUGCAAUGUGCAAAUGAUGUAUUAUUUCAUCUGUUUUUUUUGUACCAUGCUUGUGUGUUCACUUGUAAAACCUGUAUGUUGUAACUGACAACUUUUCAUUCAAUAAAGUAAUUUAUGUUUAUUAAAA